AUGGUGCGCGUGUGCAGAGUAGUCCCUAAAGAUUGGCACAAAUUUCAACCGCUUGGAGAUGUCAUCCCUCGGACUCGUUUCAUCGUUUUCAAAACACCGAUCAACAGUUCUUUGUCAAAUAAGCUUCGAAAGGAUCAGAGGUUUACUACAAAUGAUUUGUUCAGAAAGUUAGCUGAGCGCGGUCAACACCUGGGAAUGGUUGUAGAUUUGACGGAUACUGAGCGAUUCUACGAUAAGGAAGAUAUCACCGGUUUAUGUAUACAAUACGAGAAGGUCAACUGUCCUGGACGAGGAUUCAUUGAAAGAGAUGACUGUGUUGAAUCAUUCAAUCAAGCGAUUCAAGACUAUACAGACAAAUGUGAAGAUCAAGACGCGCUGAUUGGAGUGCACUGCACGAAUGGAAUAAAUCGCUGUGGUUAUCUGAUCUGCCGUUUUCUGAUUGAACGACUUGGAUGGAGUUCUCACGAAGCCAUUGAUGCGUUCGAGCAAGCCAGAGGUUACUCGAUCCAAAAGGGAGCUUAUGUGAUGGCUUUGCACAAAGCUGCCAAGGAGUCGAGGACCAAACGAGUGGAUUCUGAUUCCGAUUCAUCCGAGAGGCGGAAAAAGAAGAAGAAUAAGAGGAAGCAUCACGGAGACGAAGGAGCUAUUAAUGAGGCGAAUAUGAUUCAUGCUAUUCUCGGUGAAUUGGGACAACAGGCGGCGGGAGUUUCUGGGUCAGGGUAUCACAGCUCUCCGAAUGGAAUUAAUCCUCCUGAUCCAUCAGCUCAACAUCAUCAGACACAUUGGGGAUAUGCUGCAAAGAAAACCAAAUACUCUCAGCUAAACCAGCCAUUAGCCAACAGUACGCCGCCCGAUGCAUCUGGAAAUACACCUUUAGAGGAAGAAGAGUUAGAAGAAGAAGAGUACGAGGAGGUUGAAGAGGAAGUGGGUCCAGACGCAAGCAAAGGCCAAUCUGUAUCAUCAAAACGACGUGCUCGAAGAAACCGUAUGCAAAACUACAUGAAAGUGAUGGCACGCGGCCGAUUCCAUGAAAUCCAAGCGAUGCGAGAGGAGGUCGCACUGACUCAUGGAAGCGCUCGAGACAUAAUUUACUCAAUUUUUAUGAACUUUGUGAUAACUUUAAGUGGUUUUCUGUUUCUAACUUCUAGGUGCCUGAAUAUCGAUAUCUGCUCCCGACCCAGCAUGGAUUUUUCCAUUAUCAAAGCGGAGGUUAUCAAUAGUAGGCGUACCUUUCGUGCGCCUUUCAAAAUUACAAGUAUGUGCUUCAGUCCUCAUAAUGAUCUCAUCGCUAUGGGAUCAAAAUCUGGGGAUAUUAUGUUGAAAAGAACGACGUGGAAAAUGAUCUGGAAGACGAAUGUGAGCAUGAUUCCAGCAGUUGGAACAGAAUGCAAAUCAGACAGUACAGUCAGUGCGUUGCAUUUCUCUCCGGAUGGAAGAUUCAUUGCAGCAGCAACGGAUACCGGUAUCAUUCAUAUUUUAGACGUUGAAGCGGGGAAAGUCCGAUAUUCUGUCAAAGCUUCAUCCGACGGUAUUACGAAACUUCAAUGGGAGCGUGUGAGAGACGACGAAUCGAAUUCCAAAAAAAUAGGAAAAGGCUUAAAACCGCCAGGAAAAAAUUUGGAAGUUGUGGAGGGAGCACUCGAGCUCGGCACUUCGAUUCCGGAAAUCAGUCGAGAAGAAAUCGGAUUCGUUUAUGAGCGUUUAGAUGAGGACGGCUCUGCGUUCAAGCACGAUGAGACACAAAAGGAGAAUCUUGAACGAACAAUAAUCCCAGAAGAUGUGUACAUCGAAUCCUUCCAAGGAACGAUUCUCCUGGCCCCAAUUGACAGUUUUAUUCCAAAAAUUGUUGUUCUCAUCGCUGGAGUUUUCCCAUUCAUGGAGAUCGACGUAGAAAGUGUUGUCAGAGAGUUCAAUCAGGAUGUCAUCAUGGGCUACGAGUCGGUUCACUACAGUUCUGCCUUUGAAGGUGUCUCUUUCAUUGCUACAACUAUGGGACCACAUCUGGAUUGUAAACAUAAGGAACAAGCGCCACCAGUUGUGGAUUCUACUCAACCAGGACCUAUAGUUCAAACUCUCGUGUUCACUGUUAAGCUAGAUCUUGAACCAUCGAUUUGGGAAGUGGCAUUGAGAUAUCUACGUCUCCAUUUUGCUUACAACUUGUACAGUAUCUCCUUGGACACAACUAAACAGAACUGGGGAACUCAAGUUGCUGCUCUACAUUCCCUUUUUGACACGAAAACGAAGGCUGUGAAAAUUGGAGAAGUGCUAGUGGAAAUGCUGCUUUCCGGAUCUACGGAUCAGGCUGGAGAAGCAUUUCUAGAAAGAGGACUUGGAACUGAUGGGCUGGAAUCGAUUAGGACUUUCACUUCAAAGCAUUUGCCAGAGGUUUGUCGUUUGGCUCGUGGCCAACUUGCAUCAGCUGCUCGAAAUCUCUGUUUUCAACGAUGUGAAUUUGCGACAGCCAUGAAAAGAUAUCAGGCACAUAUCAAAAUAAAAGAGGAUGAAGAUUUUCUCUACCAAGAGUUGUCGUCGAAAUAUCAGCCACAAUCAAAUGCUUGGCUGAAUUCUCUGGAUGAUAUAACUGUUCAAUUAACUACGAAAACUCGGAUGCUUGGACUCAAUUGUCUAACAAUGAUGCAAGAACUAACUCAUCUGGCAAAAUGGAUUUCUCUAACUAAACCUUUUGCUAAAACAAUGAAAGUGAACGCAUUGAUGAAGAUCAAAAGGAUGGAGAUCAAGUCGAUUCUUGAGUACAUUGUCAAAAACUUUUUCCCUGAUAAAAAAGUUGCCGAGGAGAUUGAAAAGAAACUUUUUAAACUGGCCGAUACAGUAAAAGAGCAACGAGAGAAAGAUAAGAAAGAAGGUUUCGAUGAGAUCGCGUUUCUGGAUAAGUGUGAAGCAAAUGCAAAAGUCCAUCGGAAGAAGAUUGUCGACAAGUUCAAAGUGAAGUUCAAAUUCGACGCAUUAACCGAUGAAAACGAUGAUGUCGCUAUGAAAAUAGACAGAGAACCUGGAACAUCGGCUGCAGCGGAAAAUGUGAAUCCUCCGAUUGCAAUGAAUACAUCGAAGUUCGAAACCUCAGAAGAGAUUCCACCAACAAUUGAUUUGGAUAGAGUUGGAUCAUUUUUCGAGGACGAAUUGUCUGAGAAAGCGUUGGCCGUUCUUCCAAAAUGUGAUGUAGUCUUUGACAAACAUCUACGAAACAAGGGUGCAAAGAUGAACGAUCCAGAAAUCAGAAAGAUAGGAAUCAAAAAGUUGUUAACCGACUUGGCAGAUCUUCUUUGUACGCCGCAAAAAGUCAACUGCGAUGCUGCAGGAGUUAUCAAGAAGCCUGAAGUUCUGUUCGUCCAUGAGUUGUGCUCGGGGCAAGGACAUCGAGGAUAUGUUGAUAUCAAGAUCAGCGAUGUUACACCUCCUUACUUCAAGGAACACGCCUUCAAUAACCUGGUUGGCAUGAAAAGAGCAAUCCAGAUCACAGCAAUUGAAAAAGACGGACUCAGCUCAAUAGUUAUAACCCCGAAUUGCGAUGUUACUGAAGAGAUGGUUGCUACUACGACGGAACACAAAACAGCCAUGAGCCGAAGUUAUAAAUUCGACGCGGUUGGAGUACAUGUAUCCCAAACAUCAGAAAAUACACCUCCACCAGCACAGGGAGAGGCGAUGGAAACCGAUCAGAACGAGUUGAGAAUCGAUGUAAAUGUAGAUACGAUUCAAGCAGAAUACGAUACUCUUUCCGAGUACUGUCAAAUUCAUCCGCUUCGUCAUGGAGAGCUCGCCCUUAUGGUAAUAAUUCCUCUUACAUUAUGCCUAUUAUCAAAUUAUUUUCAGGGAAAAUUCAAAGCGAAUCAAGAAGGAACUGGUCUCCUAACCCGUUUGAUGCGUUCAAUUUCUUCUUAUCCUCACGCCAAUGCCUCUCAGAAGGAUGUGUUCGCUGUCAACUAUCAAACAGAUGGAAAGAAAGAAGUUUCGAUUGAUACUCUGAUUAUCCAUCCAACCACUCAAUUGACGGCAUUAAUUCAUGACGAAGGAACUAAAAUCACACUUGGAGAUUUGAAGCCAGAAGUUCCGAUUAUCGUUGAUCCUGAUACUGAAAAGAAGUAUGAGAAGAAGACGUUCCGAGAGUAUCAACGCCGUCGUGAGCAUUAUCGAGAACACAACAACGGAUCUGUCAAUGUGAACGAUGUUCAGUACGAUGUUCUGGUUCAAGAAGCAAUGGAUAGUGGUCGUGAGUUGGCAGAUCCUAUUGAUGCAGACGACGAUGAUGAAGACGACGAAGACGACGAUGAUGAUGAGCUGGAGGAAGGAGAGACCGACCAUUGA